UGAUUAUGUUCUUCUCUGCCUUUUAGUUUAAGACAAGAGUCUGAACAGAAACUGAGAUGGAUGUUUCAGCGCUUUUAACCUCUGCUGGGAUUAACAUCGGGAUAUGCGUAGUCCUCGUCUCGCUUUACUCCAUCCUAAGAAAACAGCCCUCCAACUACUGCGUUUACUUUGGCCGGAUGCUCUCUGGUGGAAGAGUUAAACGCAACGAUCCUCGUUGGUACGAGAGGUUUGCUCCCUCUCCGAGUUGGCUCGUCAAGGCUUGGGAGACUACCGAGGACGAGAUGUUGGCUGCUGCUGGUCUCGACGCUGUGGUCUUCAUCAGGAUGGUUAUUUGCAGCAUUCGUAUCUUCUCAGUCGUUGCGGUAGUUUGCAUUUCUUUUGUUCUGCCUGUGAACUAUUACGGACCGAUGAUGGAGCACAAGGAAGCUCAUCUCGAGCCAUUGUCGAUAUUCACUAUUGAAAACCUUAAUCCACGCUCAAGAUGGCUUUGGGUACAUUGUCUAUCACUGUACAUCAUAUCCUCUGCGGCAUGUGCUCUUCUUUACUUUGAGUAUAAGACCAUAGCCAAAAAGAGGCUGGCGUAUAUUGCUGCAUCGUCCUCAAAGCCAAGUCAUUUUACAGUACUUAUGCGUGCUGUUCCUCAGUCUCCUGAUCAAUCUUACAACGAAACUGUGAGAGAAUACUUCACAAAUUACUAUGCACCAAGCUAUUUGUCGCACCUCAUGGUCUACCGUGAUGGCAUCAUUCAGAGACUGCUGAAUGAUGCCGAGAAGAUGCGUCAGGCAAUAAAACAUGUUUCUCCUGAUGUAAGCUGUACUCCUAGUUUGAAGUCAUGCAACUUUUGUACAGGACCUGGACCCACAAAAUCUUUUCAAAUCCUCUCUGACGAGGCAGGCAGUGUCAAAAAGCUGGAGCUUGAUGAGUUGACUUUGACUACAACCGAGGAAGAGCGUCCGGUUGCUUUUGUGUUCUUCAAGACUCGGUAUGAUGCUCUUGUUGCUUCUGAGGUUCUUCAAACAUCAAAUCCUAUGCUAUGGGUGGCAGACUUGGCUCCAGAGCCUCAUGAUGUCUACUGGAAAAACCUGAAAGUACCUUACCGCCAACUUUGGAUGCGGAAAAUAGCAACCCUUGUUGGUGCCGUUGCCUUCAUGUUUGUGUUUCUUCUCCCUGUUACUGGUAUUCAAGGGUUAACUCAACUAAAGACACUAUCCAAGAACUUUCCUUUUCUAAGACCCCUCUUGAAAGGGGAUAUUAUGAACCGGGUGAUUACAGGGUACUUACCAAGUGUGAUACUGGUUCUAUUCUUUUAUACCGUUCCACCGUUGAUGAUGUACUUCUCAACCUUGGAGGGAUGUAUCUCCAGGAGUCUGAGAAAGAGAAGUGCGUGUAUCAGAGUUGUCUACUUCACCAUCUGGAAUGUGUUCUUCGUCAAUAUCCUCUCAGGCUCUGUGAUCAGGCAGUUGAGCAUCUUCUCUAGUGUCAAAGACUUGCCUGCACAACUUGCUAAAGCUGUUCCGACACAGGCUGGCUUCUUCAUGACUUACUGUUUCACGUCUGGUUGGGCUGGUUUGGCGUGUGAGAUCAUACAACCUGUGGGUCUUAUAUGGAACCUGAUAGCAAGAGUUAUUGUCAAGAACAAAGAUGCAUCUUAUGAAACACUUAGGUUUCCUUACCAUAUUGAAAUCCCUAGGUUACUCUUGUUCGGUCUCCUUGGUUUCACCAACUCUGUCAUAGCUCCUCUGAUACUACCGUUCCUACUCAUCUACUUCUUUCUCGCCUAUCUUAUAUACAAGAAUCAGAUAAUCAACGUCUACAUUACAAAAUAUGAAAGCGGUGGACAGUACUGGCCUAUCUUCCACAACACUACAAUCUUUUCACUGAUCUUGUCUCAAGUUAUAGCUCUUGGAUUCUUCGGUUUAAAGCUGUCAACGGUUGCUUCAGGUUUCACCAUUCCAUUGAUUCUUCUCACCCUUCUGUUUAGUGAGUAUUGCCGGCAGAGGUUUGCUCCUAUCUUUCAGAAAUAUCCAGCUGAGAUUCUUAUCGCUAUGGACAGAGCAGAUGAGAUCACAGGAAAGAUGGAAGAGCUACAUAACAACUUGAAAGCUGCAUACUCUCAGAUACCGUUGUGUUCUCAAGAAUCUAGCAAAGCUGGAUGCAGUCCUCCUUGCUCAGAUCAGGAGUUACCAGCUUCUGAGCAGCUGAAGCCAGAGAAUCUGGAAGCGGAAAUGCUAAAAGCGUUUCAAAGAAGUAAAUCUAGUCACGAUCUUGAAGUGAAGUCUUGUCCCAGUGGUUCACCAUGUCGUUAUUCUCCAGGAUUUGCUGAGAUUUAUAAACGAACAUAAGAUACUUUGAAGGAUUGUACAGUUCUGCCUGCUAAAUUGAAAAUGUGAAUUUUAUAGUUACUGCAGGUGGGAAUGAAACAAUGCUUGGUUACUUGUGUACAAGUAGGAUUCAUUUUUUUCAUAGUUUUUUUGCGGAAAGACGCAUUAUUAUACAAAAGAGAAAUGAUCAAAAGAGCUUUU